CUCUUGUGCGUUUGAAAGCAACGCACGUUCGAUUACGCAUGCGUAGCAAGUGAUUUUGCCAGCAAGAUGCAUUUUCUCGUCUUUAUUACACUCCUAUUUGCUGCCACGGCUUUUGCGCAAACUGUACACGAACCCAUGACUGAGCAUAUCUACUUCUAUCCACGACCGGGCGAUGAAGCAUCUCAUCAGAUCUACGUCAAACCCACAGAUCUUAUAACGCGGCAUCGCUUGCAGUUCGUAACGGACUGGCCUUACCCCGGCGUUAUGGGUGGGCAAGUACAGAAGCCCAUAGAUUUGGUCGCUACCGCUGAGGUGAGCUCGCAGCCCAUCUACUUUCGCAAACGGGACAAUCUCGCCAACGUUAAGCUUAAGUCAAAACAAAAUAUUUUAUAUCUACAAUUACCAAUGUUAACCCCAAGUAGCCGGCAUAGUCCGAGUGAUGCUGAGAAUAAAGUUUUAUAA